AUGGUCUUGAAGUCAACGUCUGCUGGUAACGUUUCUGUUUACCAGGUAGCAGGGUCUAAUGUUUCCCGAUCCUUGCCUGACUGGAUUGCAAAAAAGAGAAAGAGAGAUCUCAAAAGAGAUGCUGAUUACAUGAACCGUGUUGAGCUCAUCCAGGACUUUGAGUUCAGUGAAGCAUCCAAUAGAAUAAAAAUCACGCCCGAUGGACAGUAUGCAAUGGCCACUGGAACUUACAAACCACAAAUCCACCUCUAUGAUUUUCUGAAUUUGUCGUUGAAGUUUGAUAGACACACAGACGCCGAGAAUGUUGACUUCACCAUUCUCUCGAAUGACUGGACAAAAAGUGUACAUCUUCAAAACGAUAGAACGAUUGAAUUUCAUACUAAAGGUGGAAUCCAUUACAAAACAAGAAUUCCAAAGUUUGGUCGUAGUCUCACGUUCAACAAGGCCAACUGCGACUUGCUCGUUGGAGCAUCAGGUAAUGAAAUAUACAGACUCAAUCUCGAGCAAGGACGUUUCCUCAAUCCAUAUAUCCUAGAUUCGGAGGAAGGCGUAAAUGCUGUCGAUAUAAAUCCUGUUCAUGGUCUCAUAGCAGCAGCACUAGAAGAGGGUACUGUGGAGUUCUGGGAUCCCAGAAGUAGGCAGCGGGCCGCUAAGCUAUUUGUGAAUGAGCAUCUUGGAGAGCCUCUACAAGUUACCGCAGCAUCUUUUCGUAACGACGGCUUGAAUUUUGCAUGUGGUACCUCCUCAGGUAAAGCAUUAAUAUAUGAUCUCAGAACUUCUGUUCCUUCAGUGGUGAAGGAUCAAGGUUACGGCUUUGAUGUUAACAAAGUUAUUUGGAUCGAUGAGAAUACCAAUGACUCCAACAAAAUUCUCACUGCAGACAAACGAAUCGCCAAGAUAUGGAGUAGGUUCGAUGGCAAGCCAUAUACUUCCAUGGAACCUAGUGUUGAUAUUAAUGAUGUUGCAUAUGUCAAGGAGAGCGGUAUGUUCUUCAUGGCCAAUGAAGGGAUGCCUAUGCAUGCUUUUUAUGUCCCACAUCUUGGGCCAGCUCCUAAAUGGUGCUCUUUCUUGGACAAUAUCACAGAAGAGCUCGAAGAGAAGCCAUCAGAUGCUGUGUACUCUAACUAUAGAUUCAUCACCCGAGAAGAUGUUGCCAAGUUGAACUUAUCUCACUUGGUGGGAACCAGUGUCAUGAGAUCAUAUAUGCAUGGUUACUUCAUCAAUACCGAGUUGUAUCAGAAGGUAAGUUUGAUCGCCAACCCUAACUCCUACAGAGACCAGAGAGAAAGGGAGAUCAGGAAAAAGAUCGAGAAAGAGAGAGAGUCACGUAUUAGAACCACUGGAGCUGCUAACAGUAGCAAAAUCAAGGUCAACAAGGUCUUGCACGAAAAGUUGGAAGGCAGGGACGUUGCUUCUGACGAUCGUUUCGCUGAGUUGUUCGAAAAUCCUGAGUUUGCUGUUGAUGAGGAAUCACACGAGUACAGACAACUCAAUCCUGUGCGGUCUACUAAGGACGUCACCAGUGACCGUGCUCGUGGUUUGACCGCCGCUGAGGAGUCUGAAGAAGAGAAAUUGAAUGGUGAUGCCAAGGAAUCAUUCAGCGAGAGCGAGGAGAGUGAGUCUGAGAAGGAGGAGGACCCAGAGGAAGUCAAGAGAAGAGGUGAGAAAGUCGCCAAGGAGCUUGAGAAGCUUCGCCAGAAGAAGGAGCGUCAAAAGGAGGAAGCCAGAUUCAUGAACAGCAUGAAGGCAGUCACUCUGGACGAAACUGAGGCGAAGAAUUCCGAAACUUUCGAAAAGCAAGUGGACAGACUUCAGAAGGUCGUGAAGAACAAAAAAACCGAUGAUGCAAGAGUGCGUCGUCAUGGCAAGGGUGAGAUGGAGAUGACAUUCCAGCCUAAGAAGGAGAAGAAGCCCAAGUUCAGAUCAGACAGAGAUGACGAAGAAGUGGACGAAACACAGAAGGGAAGAACUAAGCAAAGGUUUGCUGGCCGCAGAAGUGCUGGCAGGAACCAGUUCAGAGGCAUGUAG